AUGACCACCGCACAUAGGCCUACGUGGAAGGCAGCUGUUGGACGAGCGCAAGAAGGAGGAUGGACCGCAGGUGGAUCCGUGAGCACGAGUAUCUCCGCUCUGGACGUGGCCGCUCACACCAAGCUCAAGACACGCAGCGGACAACAGUUGAUUGACAAGAAAAAGGCGCUCAAGGAGUCACUGUUGGCGUUGGAAAAAGCAGAAGCAUCUUCCAGCAAGCACAAGAUCGGAAAACGUCCCAUUGUGGAAGCCAUUGAAGCCGAAGGACGGCAAAAAUUAUUGAAACAAACGACGGAAGUAGACGAAGUGGCCUUGAAGAAAAAGUACGAUGAUGAGGAUAGAGGAGGGGACGACUCGGACGGAUGGUCCGAUGUAGACAGGGACGCCUCAGACAAGGAUAGUGAUUUAGAUGCCUCGGAUUCAGAUUCAGAUGAUGACGACAGCGAUGAUGACGACGAUGACGAAGCGGCGCUGCAAGCCGAAUUGGCGAAAAUACGGGCGGAACGAGAAGCUGUCAAAGCCAAGGCAGAAGCGGAAGCAGCUGCAGAGGAGGAAGAACAAAUGGGAGAAGCGGCUAUGAUUGGAAACCCACUUUUGGCAUCGGGGGAGGCAUCGGCAAAAAUGAAACGAAAAUGGAAUGAAGAUGUGGUCUUCCGAAACCAGGCGAAAGGAGAACCAAAGCCCAAAAAGCGGUUCAUCAAUGACACUGUCCGCAAUGAUUUCCACAAGCGUUUCUUGAACAAGUUCAUUCGAUAA